AUGGAUUUCCUUCGCAUGGACUGGUCUUAUAUUGGCGGUUGGAAAGUACUGCUAGGUGCUUGUACGGUUAUAACUCUCUUAAGUCAGUUCAGUCUUCUGCCACUCUUCCUUAUUUUGAUUGCUGUGAUUACUGGGUAUCUUUGUGCGCGUACUUUAUUAAUGGACGGGGGAAAGAAGUUUUCGUUAUUCCUAAAAGUGUGCGUUGGGAAACAGCAGCUUCUGAAGAAUUCAGAUAAUGAUAGUGACCGUGGCCACUUUAAACAAACGAGCGCAAACUCUCUUCCGUGGGACGAACUUUCUAUAUCCGAGCCGGUAAACGGAGCUUUAGAAGAACUUAUUGAACAAAUCCUAGAUAAUUAUGUAAACAGUUGGUAUAAAACUGAGAUCAAUGGAGACCCGGCUUUUGUUGCUGAAAUUCGGUACCACAUCAGAUAUUUUGCAUCACUGCUCUUCCGGAAGAUGAUGGAGCUUGAUCUUGCUAGCCUGCUUCUUACGGAAGCUGUGCCUGUUACCGUUAUCCACUGUCAAAAAAUUUUGCGACUAGAAGAACAAGUUGAUAAGAAGAUGCUCACGUCACGAAUGAUAGAAACGAAAAUUUUGGAAGAAUUGGAUGAUCUGCAUUAUUCAUUAACCAGUCGGGAAAAUGAAGUCAAUUAUUUAAGACAGUUGGCCGACCUUUUGAUUGCUUCUUAUGUGGACGAGUCGAGAGUGGCUGGUUUCUCAAAAAACAGUGAUGUACCACGGCUGCAUUCUAGUCUUCAUCAGUGGCCCAGCCAUGUGUGCAAUCACUUUUUACGUGAAAUAAUUGUUUUCGCGUUCUUCUUACCUUUGCUCGACCUCAUUGCUGAUCCCGAUACAAUAAAUCAUCUUAUUCUUUUAUUUGGUCCAGAGACGCUUCCAGCGGAGCAACAUGGGCAGGCAAAACGAGUUGAAUUCCUAUGUGGAUUGACAAAGUCGGAGUUCAGUGACGCAUCUAGCUCUCUGUUACAGUUGAAGCUGAGUGAAGUAUUACGUGAUUACAGAAAUCUACAGUUAUUCACUACAUACCUGAAUGAUGUUAAGGGGCCAGUGAAUGAAUUAAAGUUCCUUCUUUAUUCGGGGGAUGUUCAUGAACGUAUGCUGAGUCUUCAGAAAGAAGAUGAGAACGCUCUGAGCGAAAUUCAUUAUGACACUUGGGAAAUCUUCAGAGAGUACGUUCAUGAAGAAUCUCAGGAUAGGGUUUCUCUUCCAGAGGAAAUUUUCAAUGAUUUUCGAACAGCUGUUGAACGACGUGACACAGAAUUACUCGACCAAACCUUGGAGAAGGCUUUCCAACUAGUCUAUCGUCAUCUACAGCGGGAUUAUCUUUUGCCGUUUUGUCAGUCUGAGUGCUACUUCCGUCAUCUUUGCGGUUCUCCACCUGUCUCAACAGGCGACCUAAUUGCCACAGAAUGUUACAGCGCUAAUAACGUUCAGACAGCUAUAUCUGAAUCAACUUUUUCUUUUUCUCAAUUCAGGCGAAGGUUGUGGAAAGUUAUCAUGCCUUUGUCUGCUGACGGGUCUAUUGAUGGCUUAAAUAAUUACGAUGGCAUGUCGAGCGUCUCUUUAUCUAAUUCUGUUGCUGAGGAGGACCUUCAAGAGGAAAUUAAUGACACUGCAGGAGAUGCAAAUGAGAUUUCUAAAGAAGCACAUCAUUUGCUUACUGAACAGGAACUAAUGAGCGGUAAACAUAUGCUCACCACUUCGUGUGGCUUGCCACUUUUUGACCCCGAUAGGGAUAUGAAUCGAUGGAUUGUUACAAUACCUCACGUCGAUUCUCGCAAAAAUAUGUAUAUGUAUAUAGUUUGUGUAGAACGUUUUGAUUUGACAGACAAUUCAUUAAAUACUGGAGUUUCUCGAAACGAUUCCUGUCUUAAUAAAUGGUCUGUGAUUCGGCGGUACAAUGAGUUUUUUGUAUUAGAGUCGAAAUUAAUGGAAUUCCAUGGCGUACUGCUGAAGACAGAACCCUUACCACCUCGGAAACCUUUUUCUAAAAAAACAAAAGAAUUUAUUGAAGCCCAUCGCCUCCCUUUCCAGAGGUUUUUGCAACUACUGACGCAACAGACCUUGUUGAAGAAGUCUGAUUUAUUAUUUGCAUUCUUAACCAGUGAUCAGGAAUUCAAAGACAAUAUUCAACUUUCUGGUCUGAAUCCUUGGAACGUAGUACGGAAGAUGCCAAGCAAAUUUUCGCGUGAACGUGGACAGAAUUUGAGGCCGUUCCUGCUUUCUCUCUUAGCAAACACUCUUGCUUCUAAUUCGAAGCCUGUUGGUCUAAUCUCGGAGCAAGUGCAUGAGCGCAAUUUUUCGGGAUCAAGUCUCGUCUCGUCCCAACUUUCUGAGGAAAUGUCGCGAUCUUGGCUGCUCUUAACUAAUUCACUCUAUAGCGGAAAUGUUCUAGACUUAAAAAAUAUCCGUAUCAGUCCCACCGAGUAUCGUUUCUGGACAAGAAGCUUCACAGACUGCUUACUUUUUUUAAUGAAUUGUACUUAUUCUGUUGGUCGCUGGGUUUUCACACUGCUUAUAUCCAUGCGUUAUGUAGUCUUCUCAAAUCUCGACUUCUAUGUGUACCGUUUAUUCCGCCAAGCAUUAAGCAUAGCUUUUCUUGAUGCAAACUGCGUUAGGAUGAUUCGCUUGAUACAAGAGUCACUUUUUGGUUGCGCAUCGACCCCAACAUCUGACCAGGAAAAAGUGCUUCGGUCUGAACUUGCUUUGCGCCGCAUACUAGAAUACUGUGAAGAGGAACUUCCUUCUUGUAUUUUGAAAUUGAUUGGUGUGAAGAAAUUUCGGCAUAGCACCUCAACCUUGUUCCAUGUUUUACAGUAUCCUCGCCUAAACAAACAACUCUCUUACGUCCUUCUUGACAUUUUGGUACAAAAGGUAUUGACUGUUCCGGAACAAGAGCUUUAG